AUGCAGCAGGCAGCAACCAUGCAAGUCCUCCUGUCGCUGCUUCCAUUGUUGGUUCUCCCGGUGGCCAUCCUGCUCGUCCGGCGUGCAACGCCGCCGCCGAUCAAAGGACGCCUGGCCACCCUCAAGUCUGCCAUAGCACGUGCACGUAAGCCAAUUAUCUUCGUCACGGACUUCGCCACGGCGCAUCACCUGCUUGUGCAGGGCAGCAGAACCGCCGCCGCCGGCGGCGGAUCCUUCUCCAACCGCCCGCCGUCCAUGGCACCCAGCGCCGUCCUCUCGGGCCGCCGCUACCACAACAUCAACUCGGCACCCUACGGCCAGCUCUGGCGCGUCCUACGUCACAACCUCACCUCGGGAGUCCUCCACCCGACGCACCUGCACCGCUACGCGGCCGCGAGGCGCCAUGCGCUACGCGGCCUCAUCGCCGACCUCAGGGAGCAGCAGCUCGCCAACGGCGUGGCCCUCGCCGCGGAGAGCAUUCGCUGCGCGGUGUUUGGUCUCGUCUCCACCAUGUGCUUCGGCGACGGCGUCGACGCGGGCGUGCUAAUCUACCGCAAGCGGUGGAACAAGCUGGCUGCGAUACGGCAGAAGCAGGAGGAGCUGUACCUCCCGCUCAUUGACGGCUGCCACAGACAUAGCCGGGAGUCAGACGAGACACCGUCAUACGUGCACACGCUCGUCGACCUCCAGGUCCCAGUAGAACUCGACAACCACGACUGCAGAGGCGAGCAACAGCAGCAACGGAGGCUUGAGGACGGUGAACUCGUGGGACUCUGCUCGGAGUUCCUUGGUUCCAGCACUGAAUCUGUAUCUGCGUCGCUGCAAUGGAUCAUGGUGAACCUAAUGAAACGCCCAGACAUGCAGGAGGCCAUCCGGAAGGAGAUUGACGCUGCUGUGGACGCCGACGCCGAGGAGGUGGGGGAGGAGGUUCUUGGGAAGCUGGAUCACCUCAACGCUGUCAUCUUGGAGGCGCUCAGGCUGCAUCCCACCACCAAGUUGGCAUUUAGGCAGGUGAUGGAAGAAGACCAAGUGGUUCAUGAUGGCCACCCUAUUCCUGCGGGCACCAAGAUGGUCUUCCCCUUGGAGGCUCUAGCGAGGGACAAGACAGUUUGGGAUGAUCCCGAUGAAUUCAUGCCAGAACGUUUCCAUGGAUGUGGAGGUGGAGAAAGCACGAAAAAGCUGCUGUCCAUGGCCGCGGAGAUGAAGAUGAUGCCUUUUGGUGGCGGCCGGAGGAUGUGCCCUGCUAUAAGCGUCUCGUUGCUCCACAUCAGCUACUUCAUGGCAAACCUUCUGAGGGAGUUUGAGUGGAGGGAAGCAGAGGGUGAGCACACCGUCCAACUCCACACCGAUCCCGCCAUCGAGAUGUUCAAUUUCAUGAAGCGUCCACUGCGUGCUCACCUUGUGAUUCGCAGACCGGAAGGCAAAAAGUUUCGUUAA